AAAUAAUCGACUGUCUAAUUAACCUUGUACACCACAAUUUUAAAGUUGUUCAUGCAAAAACGUAACAACAAAGUGAGUAUUGGAUAAAAAAGAAUCCAAUCAGAACAUUAUUAACUGCCGGCUAAGGAAGGGCAUGGUAAAAACGUUAAAAUCCAAUAAGAAAUGUACACGUGUAGUAAUCAGUUUAGGCCGAGUCUGUAAUUAGGUUCUCGCUUAAUAGUUAAUAAUCGUGAUGGGAGGAAGUGCUAGUCUCCAGUCAGACUCGAUGGAAGCAGCAGCAGCAGCAGAUUCUUCGAUUCCCAGAGACAAAGACUUUGGCAAAUUCCAAUUCGGAUGCGAGCACUACAAGAGACGAUGUAAAAUCAGAGCUCCUUGCUGCAAUCUCAUCUUCUCAUGCCGCCAUUGCCACAACGACUCUGCGAAUUCUCUUCCUGAUCCUAAAGAACGUCAUGAUUUGGUCCGCCAAAACGUCAAACAGGUUGUUUGUUCAAUUUGUCAAACUGAGCAAGAGGUUGCUAAAGUCUGCUCGAAUUGUGGCGUCAAUAUGGGAGAAUACUUUUGCGAUAUCUGCAAAUUCUUUGACGACGAUAUUUCGAAAGAACAGUUUCAUUGUGAUGACUGUGGAAUUUGUAGAGUUGGUGGGCGUGACAAAUUCUUUCAUUGCCAGAACUGUGGAGCUUGCUACGGAAUGGGCUUGCGCGAUAAACACUCGUGCAUUGAGAACUCUACAAAAAAUUCUUGUCCUGUCUGUUAUGAGUAUCUAUUUGAUUCGGUAAAGGCCGCACAUGUGAUGAAAUGUGGUCAUACAAUGCAUAUGGAUUGCUUUGAACAAAUGAUCAAUGAAAACCAGUACCGAUGCCCAAUUUGUGCCAAGUCAAUGGUGGAUAUGUCUCCUUCGUGGCACCUAUUAGAUUUCGAGGUAAGAAUCAAAUUUUUGAUUUGGUGAAUUUAUUGAGGUAAAGACCAACCAACAUUCUUUGUACAGAUAAGCGCAACAGAGAUGCCUGUUGAGUACAAGUUUGAGGUUUCAAUUCUCUGCAAUGACUGCAACAAGGGGAGUAAAGCUAUGUUCCACAUUUUGGGACACAAGUGCAGUGAUUGCGGUUCAUACAACACUCGGAGAAUCUCAACGCCACAAGAUCCAGUGAGUGAAACAGAGUGAUCAUUUUCUGAAGCCAACUCUUCUUCAUUGAAUUUUCCCGUCAUUGGUCCAACCAUAGAGCGAUAGGGCUGUGUUCUGCUUAUUUAUUUUUGUUCUUGGCCUAAAAACACUUGAAACGGAAAAUAUCGUACUGUUAUAUAAAUGGUAUUACUGUGUUUAGUCAUCAUGUAAACUGAAAAUUUGAAAAAGCUUGUUUUUCAUAUGAAAAACAACAGUUCAAUUACAUUGUGUCCUAUCACACGUUUGACGAUGAUGCUAUUC